GUUCCGAGUGAUAGCAUGCACCGGCGCCAAAAGUCGAGUUUCAGCACCGGUGGAAACAACCACCCGGUACCAAAAGACUAUGGGCGUCCGUUCCAGAUAUUUUUAAGUGUUGGGCGCCGCUCUUAUCUCGCCACGCUCUCGUUUCUCUGCCUCUCAUCUCUCUACCUUAUCCUUUGGAGUGUGGGGCGCGCGGGCCGCCGCCGGCCGCCGCUGCGGGGCGCUGCUGCGGGCCGCGCCGGCUGCCGCUGCGGGGCGCGCUGGCUGCCGCCGGCCGCCGCUGUCGGGUGCUGCUGCGGGCCGUGCCGGCCGCUGCUGCGGGGCGCUUGCCGGGGGUCCGAGUCCGGCCAAGCAGGCAGCAUGGCGGAGGAGGCGCUGAUGGACGAGCUGGGCCUCCACCGCGGCCACGUCGCCCUCCUUCUCGCGCCCAGCUCGCUCCACUUCCCCGUCAUCUCCCUCGGCGUGCUUUCCCUCGGCGCCGUGCUCUCCACCGCUAACCCGCUCCUCACGACCGGCGAGCUCGCCGACCAGGCCCGCGACUCGGAGCCUUUUCUCGCGCUCACGACCGCUGAGCUCGCCCCCAAGCUCGGCUCCCUGCUGCCCGCCUCGCGGGUCGUCCUCGUCGACCAGCUCCUCGCCGGCCUCGACGGUCACGACGCGUGGGCGGGCGCGUCCGGCACCGGCCGCGACGACCCGACGCAGGAUGCCGCCGCCGCCGCUACCGGGUGCUCGCCGGGGGUCCGGGUCCGGCCAAGCAGGCAGCAUGGCGGAGGAGGCGCUGAUGGGCGCUUGCCACGGCCGCGUCCUCCUCGCCACCACGAUGGCUGCGGGAGCUGGGACCCCAUCACGGACGAGCUGCGGGAGCUUCCCCGCCCUGCCACGCCCUACCAACUUUUCAGCUAGAACGCGGCCGUGCUCUGCGCCGCCCACGGCAAGUGCGACCACCUCGACGGUUGUGGGUGAUUUUUUUUAUACUUUUCUGAUUUCUGAAAUAGAGAUGCAUGUUGUAUGGAUUGCAUCUAUCUUGUGAACAAUUUUUUGAAUAAUUUGUGGGAUCUAUGAGUAUUGUGAAUAUUCUGUGUUCGUCAAUUCAAUAAUUUGUGGGACCUAUGAAUAA